GGUUGUAAGCAACCUUCUUCGGAGGGAAAAGCUGGGAACAUUCCCAUCUCACUAAACAACGUACAAGGCUAGCCAACUUCUGCCAAAGCGGCGUCCGCCCCAGAAGCCGCGCUCUUCCAGCCCUGCAAGUCCUGACUGCAGCUGAUUGGCUCUGGAGGGCGGCCAGGAGCAGCCUGCUUCCUGUCAUCAAAAGAGCGCCUUCACCAACUGUUGCUGUUUUUUUUCUCCGCUCUCGCUCUCAGAGAUGGCGUUCGUUAUCUUUGUCCUUCAGCUAGUCAUCUACAUCCUGUUAUUUCCCAUGUACCUGCUGAAUUUUCUGGGCUUGUGGAAGUGGAUUUGCAAAAUAUGGUUUCCCUGCUUCUUGUCGAGGUUCACUGUGAUAUACAACAAACAAAUGGCAAGCAAGAAGCGGGAGCUCUUCAGCAACCUGCAGGAGUUUGUGGGCCCCUCCGGGAAGCUCUCCCUGCUGGAGCUGGGCUGUGGCACUGGGGCCAACUUCAAGUUCUACCCACCCGAGUGCAGGGUGACCUGUAUUGACCCCAACCCCAAUUUUGAGAAGUACUUGUUCAAGAGCAUCGCUGAGAAUCGACACCUACAGUUUGAGCGCUUCAUGGUGGGCGUGGGUGAGAACAUGCACCAGGUGGCCGACGGCGCUAUGGAUGUGGUGGUCUGCACCCUCGUGCUGUGCUCCGUGCAGAACCAGGAGCAGAUCCUCCGCGAGGUGCGCAGAGUGCUGAGGCCGGGAGGGGCUUUCUAUUUCCUGGAGCACGUGGCAGCAGAGCGUUCAACGUGGAAUUACUUCUGGCAACAGGUCUUUGAUCCUUCCUGGAACCUUGUGUUUGACGGCUGCAGCCUGACCAGGGAGAGCUGGAAGACCGUGGAGCGGGGUGGCUUCUCCAAGCUGAGGCUGCAGCACCUGCAAGCCCCACUGUCCUGGGUACUGGUGCGUCCUCACAUCUACGGCUAUGCUGUAAAAUAGUGCAGGGAACCAGUGGAGAGCUGCUGCAGCUUUAUGCUUAACACGCUAACUGGGAAAAGGGAAAAUCUUUUUUGGUAAAGUUGAAUUCAUCCUUAAAAGUUUCUGUUAUAGCCUAUUUAGCCAUUUUCUUUUGUCCCUCAAAGAAAACCAACCAAACCAAAACAAACAAACAAACAACAAAACCUCUGAAGUCUCCCUUCAAAGGAAAAAAUGGAUCUUCAUCAUUGAAGUCCACCAUUAUCUCCAAACCUUACUUCAUUCAGCGACUUGGAAAAUUUUCCAAUUAUCUUAUUUAAAUUGUUACUGAUCAGAUUUUAGUUUCACCUCUUUCAGAGCUUGGUACUAAAAAGCAGUUAAAUCACUUCAAAGUAAGACUUUGAAAAGGGAGCAGCGAAGAAACCUUAAUAAUUCACAAGUCGAAUAAAGAAAUUCAGGCGAAUUGAAAAUCUAUGUCUAAUUAGCACCAAUUUCCUGAAAAAGAAAUCUGAACCUGUCAUUCUAGGUGUUGUUUGGCUUUCAGAAUUAAUGUGCCGACCUGCCACAUGCAGUUCUGCUCAGCUUUAUGUCUUUCAUUCCAGUGUUCCACCAGUUUGUUUUCCUGGAUUCCAGUCCUUAAUACUUAAGAUAAAGACCAUAUUGACACAUAUUAGUAUACCAUAGAACUAUUUAGGAAGUUAAGGUUCUUGAGUUCAUUCUCCUUACUGUCUAGCACGUACUUUACUGAAUUAUAAUAGAUUGCAGGCAAGGAAAGGGGCCUUUGGAAUUAGGAAAAGCUUGUACAACUAAGUAUACUAUGUGAGAAGCCCUAAAAAGCCAAUCAAUCCAUGAAUCUGUAAAGAAGUAGGCAAGUGUAUUUUGGAUCAUUCAAAUAAAAAUUCAACACUUGUCAAAA